CUGUCUGUUUCCUAUUACCCUUUCGAAUAUAAAGCACUCCCUCUUCAUUCGCUUCGCUUCCUCAACUCCACGGCGCAGAUCCGAGGAGUUUUCUCUUCGCUAUUCCCUGCUUCCUUCUCCGAUUCCCUAUUCCGCUACCAACCUUCAACGCUCCCUCAGUGAUGGCAGGUGUUGCUCCCGAAGGAUCUCAAUUUGAUGCUCGCCAGUAUGACGCUAAGAUGAGUGAUUUGCUUUCUUCUGAUGGGCAAGAUUUCUUCACCUCAUAUGAUGAAGUCUAUGAUAGCUUUGACGCAAUGGGAUUGCAAGAAAAUCUUCUGAGAGGCAUUUAUGCUUAUGGUUUUGAGAGGCCUUCUGCAAUCCAGCAAAGGGGAAUUGUUCCUUUCUGCAAAGGUCUGGAUGUGAUUCAGCAGGCUCAGUCUGGAACUGGGAAGACUGCAACAUUCUGUUCUGGAAUUUUGCAGCAGCUUGAUUAUGGAUUGGUUCAGUGCCAGGCUUUGGUUUUGGCACCAACAAGGGAGCUGGCACAACAGAUUGAGAAGGUCAUGCGAGCACUUGGUGAUUACCUUGGUGUUAAGGUUCAUGCUUGUGUUGGUGGGACAAGUGUUCGUGAGGAUCAGCGCAUUCUCCAAGCUGGUGUCCACACAGUUGUUGGCACUCCAGGGCGUGUGUUUGACAUGCUGCGGAGGCAGUCUCUUCGCCCUGAUAGCAUAAAGAUGUUUGUUUUGGAUGAGGCUGAUGAAAUGCUUUCACGUGGUUUCAAGGAUCAGAUCUAUGACAUCUUCCAGCUGCUGCCAGGCAAAAUUCAGGUUGGAGUGUUCUCUGCUACGAUGCCACCUGAAGCACUUGAGAUUACCAGGAAGUUCAUGAACAAGCCAGUGAGAAUCCUGGUAAAGCGUGACGAACUGACCCUGGAGGGUAUCAAGCAGUUCUAUGUCAAUGUUGAGAAGGAGGAGUGGAAGCUGGAGACACUAUGCGACCUCUAUGAGACCUUAGCUAUCACCCAGAGUGUCAUCUUUGUGAACACCAGGCGCAAGGUGGACUGGCUCACUGACAAGAUGCGGAGCAAUGAUCACACCGUCUCAGCCACCCACGGUGACAUGGACCAGAACACCAGGGACAUCAUCAUGCGUGAAUUCCGGUCCGGCUCCUCUCGAGUUCUCAUCACCACUGACCUCCUGGCCCGUGGUAUUGACGUGCAGCAAGUGUCUCUAGUCAUAAACUAUGACCUCCCAACUCAGCCUGAAAACUAUCUCCAUCGUAUUGGUAGGAGUGGGCGUUUCGGAAGAAAAGGUGUUGCUAUAAACUUUGUGACAUUGGAUGAUUCCAGGAUGCUGUCUGAUAUUCAGAAGUUCUACAAUGUGACUGUGGAGGAGCUGCCAUCCAAUGUUGCUGAUCUGCUCUGAUGAGUUAAAUUUUUGCUCUCUGUUAAGUCAUCGGGGAUUUUUCUGCUGGACAAGUGCUAUUUUAAGUUAUUCAGGUCUUCUUUUUAAUAUAUUUUACUCAUGAGAUUAAAGACAUCCAUCUGAUGCUAUUUGUAGUGGAUUCUUUAAAAUUUGUUUGAUUAGUUAUCAGGAUUCUGUUUAA